AUGCAGCUCGCCAACAUCGUGAAUGAUGAGCGAAGCACAUCUCAGCUCAUCGCUCGACUGCAAGAGGUGAAAGAUCAGCUAGCCGCGCGCGAAGAAGAACUUCUACAUGCCAUGGUGACCCGCCGACACUUGCACAACACCAUUCAAGAGUUGAAGGGCAACAUUCGAGUGUUCUGCCGCAUUCGACCGUCUUCCGAAGACGAGAGUGCGUUUGACGAUUCCAAUCUCGCGAUCGAUCGCAAGGGUGAAUUUGCCGGCCGACGACUCGAAAUCACGCCUCCGGAUGCGCCGAAAAAAUAUGAUUUCACGUUCGAUCGCGUUUUCGCAAAGAAAGACAGUCAAAAGCACGUUUUCGAUGAAGUUUCUUUGCUCGUGCAAAGCGCGUUGGACGGUUACAAAGUUUGCAUCUUCACUUACGGUCAAACGGGUAGCGGUAAAACGUACACGAUGUUGGGCGGUAAGGGCGAAGAGCGUGGGUUGAUUCCGAGGUCCAUGGAACAAAUUUUCGCCUCACAAUCUUUGCUCGAGUCCAAAGGCUUGAAAGUGUCCAUCACCGCCACACUGCUUGAGAUUUACAACGAAGACAUUCGAGAUUUGCUCGCGUCGUCGCCGGGUGCGAAGAUUGAGUACAAGAUUAAGCACGACGACGACGGAAACACUCGCGUGACGAACUUGUGCGAAGUUGAGGUUUUUUCUGCGGCGGAGGUUGAGUCAUUGAUGCAACAAGCCAACGCUGCUCGCGCUGUAGCGAAGACGAAUAUGAACGAUCGAAGCUCGCGAUCGCACAUGGUUAUGCGACUUUGCUUGGACGGCGUCAACGAAGCGGGUGAACCAAUCCACGGCGCGCUCAAUUUGGUUGAUUUGGCCGGGAGCGAACGAUUAAGCCGCACGGGCGCCACGGGUGAUCGUCUCAAAGAAGCGCAAGCCAUCAAUAAAUCUCUCUCAAGUCUUGGUGACGUCAUCUUUGCCUUGGCGAGCAAGGAAAAGCACAUUCCGUUCCGCAACUCAAAGUUGACGUAUUUGCUCAAAAAUUCACUCGGCGGCGAUUGUAAAACGUUGAUGUUGGUCAACGUCUCGCCGUCUCUAGAAAGCGCUCAGGAGACCAUAUGUUCUUUGCGAUUCGCGGCUAAGGUGAAUUCCUGUGCGCUGAAAAGCGCCCCGUCGUCGAAAACGAAAAAAUGA